AUGCUUGUACGGGCCGCAAGACGAAAAUCUCGCCUUGAUGUGGUUCGAAACAAACUUUCCUGCGAACAGCUAUAUCUUCCAUGGCUCUGUCCAACGCACUACAGAUCUGGACGGGAGUAUCAUAGACAAAUUACCAUUGAUGCCCCAUCACGAGGCUUGCCGGCGAGAAAGAGGAGGAACUCGAACGAUGGCCCAAAUAAUCGACGGUCAUUAGCCACAGCAGUCGAUAGGCCCUUCGACGAUAUUCCAUUCGUGGGAUUGAACAAUGUGGCAUCUGCAGUACCUCCCGCAGACUUCGCAAACCCCUCUCCGCUAUCAGAAUUGAGGCCCUUUGACUAUUCGUCUCCGUUAGCACUUGGCGGCUCAUUAGCAACCACCCCCCGUCGAUUUCGAACGGGUAAGGCUGGGGUUGGCGGUGAUCUGUCUGAGAUACUAUCGAUACUAAGAGCUUGCUUGCAAGUUGGGAGAAUUGAGCGCGGCGGGGUCGUUCUUAAACGAAUAGGGGCGCUUGAGGCUGUCAAUGACGAACAAUUACUUCAGCUACAUAACGAAUAUCUCCAAGCCGCUGUCUAUCAGCUUUCCAUGAAACCCAGCGGAUCGGCAAUGCAGGCGCUUCACAAAUGGUUCGAGCUGGAGAUCCGGAAUAAGGCCCUUCCUAUCAACGCAGAAACUGUGGCAUACAUGCUGAAAGCAUCGCUUCAGUCUCCACCCGGUGAUAGACGGAAUAGACUUGUGCGACGGUACAUGGAUAUAGGGAAGCAGAAGGAUCUGGGGUUGGAAGUUUUAAGUCUAGAUAUCUUGAGUGCGGAGGACCUGAAUGAGAUCACUCACAUUUGUCCGGAUUACAAUACCGAAGGACCCGAAUUUGAGGCUUACUCGGAGAUAUUUGAGCCUGUUGAUACCGAAACACCCAAUCACGACAUACCUGGUGCAGACCUCCCUAUACCUGACGUUCGUCCUACUGGGCAGAAAGGCUUAGGGUUGAAGUCGCUCAAGCGAGCAUUGUCAUUGUUCGACACAGACUUGUCUUCGGCGACAGACCUGGGCAAUCAAACACCUGAAGAAAAGCGCAGGAUACAGGCACAAUUAGAGGAGGAUGCUGUGAAUUCUGCCAUUGACCGCUGGAGAGAGGAAAGUGUUAGUCUGUCAAAGUUGGGCCUUAACACGACUUUGCAGACUAAGUCAUUGGGGGCGCGGAUGUGGAAGUGGCACACAGCUUUAGAGCAGGCCUUGAAGGAGGAAUUGGUCAAGGUGGAAGAAGCAGAAGCGAAGGAAAAGAAGCUUAUCAAAGACGUCGAACGGUGUUCAUACGGCCCUUUCUUGCGGACCCUUCCUACGGACAAGCUCGCAGCCGUGACAAUAUUAUCCUGCAUGACUACUAUUAGCGCACUCGGUGUCGACAAAGGAAUGACUCUUUCAAACGCAAUCAUGGCAAUUUCAAAGCACGUCGAAGACGAAAGCAUAUUCGAAGCCAUGCAAAAUGAGAACAAAUUGAAAGCUCAUUUUGGUACAUCGAAAACAGGAGACAAGGGGCGAAUGUCUGCUGCGCAACUGAAGAAGGCUCUACGUUUCCGCAGUUCAGGUUCUACUGGCAGUGUACAUCGUUCCAUUCCGAAUCCCGAUGAUGGGAUUGCAGAGUCUCUCCGUGAAAGAUCCUGGCCUGGAACAAUCAAAGCCAAGGUUGGGGCCUUCUUGAUGUCUGCUCUGAUCGAGACGGCGAAAGUGCCUGUGACUCUAGAGCAUCCAGAAACCAAGGAGGUGAUAACACAACUGCAACCGGCCUUCUCUCAUUCGCAUCAGUAUAAAAUGGGCAAAAAGGUCGGCGUGAUUGUGGCGAACGACGUGUUGGUGAAACAGCUCAAACGAGAGCCUGUUCACAGUCUUUUGGCCAAACAUCUCCCGAUGUUAGUGGCCCCGGAUCCAUGGACACGCUUCAAUAAAGGCGGCUUUAUUUCCCAUCCGGCGAAGAUGAUGCGAAUCAAGCUUGGAGAUAAGGACCAAAGGCAUUAUGCAGAGGCCGCUAUCGACAAGGGAGACAUGACGCAGACGUUCAAGGGGCUGGAUGUACUCGGCAAGACAUCAUGGCGAAUCAAUCAACCGGUCUUCGAUGUCAUGUUAGAGGCUUGGAAUUCAGGCGAAGCUAUCGCCAACAUUGCACCUGAGAGCCCCAAACUUGACAUUCCUCCCGAGCCUGAGGCCUCGCAAGACCCAUUAGAGCGUCGCCGAUGGAUUCGAGCUGUGAAACUGGCGGAGAAUGCCAAGGCUGGAAUGCAUUCUCAACGCUGUUUCCAAAACUUUCAACUGGAAAUUGCCCGAGCCUUAAGGAACCACGAGUUCUACUUUCCACACAAUGUAGAUUUUCGCGGUCGAGCAUAUCCUAUACCUCCUUACCUCAAUCACAUGGGAGCUGAUCACUGCAGAGGGCUUCUCAAGUUCGGACGUGGCAAGGAGCUAGGUGAAUCUGGUCUUAAAUGGCUCAAGAUUCACCUGUCGAACGUUUUUGGUUACGACAAGGCAAGUCUAACAGAUCGCGAAGCCUUCGCCACGGAAAAUAUGGCCAACAUCCAAGACUCUGCAUCAAACCCCCUUGGUGGAGGCCGAUGGUGGCUGAAAGCUGAGGAUCCUUGGCAGUGUCUUGCUGCCUGCAUAGAGCUCAAGAACGCUCUAGAAUCACCGGACCCCACAAAAUUUGUGUCUCAUCUCCCAGUCCACCAAGACGGGACUUGCAAUGGUUUGCAGCACUAUGCCGCCUUGGGAGGUGACCUCUGGGGAGCGCAACAGGUCAACCUUGAACCUGGUGAUAAGCCGGCAGAUGUCUAUUCAGCCGUUGCGGACCUCGUGAAAGAAAGCAUAAAAGCCGACAAGGAGAAAGGCAAUCCGUCCGCUCAAAUCCUCGAUGGAAGGAUCACUCGCAAGAUUGUCAAGCAAACUGUUAUGACGAACGUCUAUGGCGUUACUUAUGUCGGGGCAAAAGCUCAGGUCAGGAAACAGCUUGUGGCAGCCUACAAUGACCUACCAAACACCGAGAUGAUGAAUGCGGGUACGCUUGCAUCAUACAUAGCGACGAAGAUAUUCACGGCCCUAUCAACUAUGUUUCGCGGCGCUCAUGAUAUUCAGUAUUGGUUAGGGGAGUGUGCCAGCCGUAUUUCCCAAUGUCUAACUCCAGAACAAAUGGAUCGAUUGGAAGCGGAAUAUCCAACGCGGGUUUUGGCCAAGAAAGGUGGCAAAGCAAAUAAAGAAAGUCCACAAUUAUUCUCCGAGGACCCAGGCCAGUUCAAGUCUAGUGUCAUAUGGACAACCCCAUUGCACAUGCCUGUCGUUCAGCCAUAUCGAGUUCACAAGUCCAAGAUUGUCCAAACCAAUAUGCAGUUAAUAAGUCUCUCGGAGCCCCAUCAAUCAAAUCCCGUUAGCAAACGAAAGCAACUCCAAGGAUUCCCGCCAAACUUCAUUCACUCAUUGGAUGCUAGCCACAUGCUGCUUUCUGCAUUGCAAUGCGAUGAAAAGGGCCUGUCAUUUGCAGCGGUUCAUGAUUCUUUCUGGACUCACGCUGCCGAUGUGGAUUCGAUGAAUGCCAUAUUGAGGGACACGUUCGUUCGGAUUCACAGCGAAGAUGUCAUUGGACGCCUUGCUGCUGAGUUCGCCGCGCGGUACAAAGGGUGUAUGUAUCUCGCCAAGGUCCGUUCUGGGAGCCCUGUGUAUGCGAAAAUAUGUGCUUUGCGCAAAGCAAAUCGUAGUGGCCUGGGUCGCAAGAACCAACAAUCUACAAGAGUCACUGAACUUCUGACCGAGCGCAAGAGAUAUCAACUUCUCAGAUCAUCAGAUCCUAAAGAAGUCGAAGAAGGAAAGAAGAUGAUCACCCCAGCCAGCAUAUUCGAAGAACUGGCUGGAGAAGGAGAUUUAUCGCCUGAAGAUGAUCUCACAAAUCUGGGCAUAGGAGAGAUGUCUUCGCGUGAGGCUCGACGCCGUACAGACAAGGAGAGCCAAGUGGAUGACGUGGAAAACAUUGAGGAGGCGAAUAAUUCUCUUUCCAGCGAAGCCAGUUUAGAUGCAGCAAUGGGAGAGGACACGGAAGAAGUCAGAGAUUUAGAACAGGAAGUUGAAUCUGAGCUGUCAGAUUCGUCGGAACAGCCCGUUAGCAACUUCGAGAGGGCAUUCUCCAAACCCACUCGUGUCAAUGAGCGCGAUACAUGGAUCUGGCUUCCACUGACCUUUCCUCCUGUGCCUAAAAAGGGAGAGUUCGAUGUCACGCGACUCAGACAGAGCGAGUACUUCUUCUCGUGA